AUGAAACUAACUAUAUUCGUCUUCGUUGUGUUGUGCAUUUUACUCCCAUCGACGAUAAUCACUGCUGAAACCAAAGUAACAGGAAAGCCGAAUGUAACAGACGCCAAAGGUGAAGACGAAGACGGCGAAGAUGAUGAUGACGAUGAUGAUUACGGAAAAGACGGUGGAAUGGUACCAAUUCUUCGAGUAUUACAGGCUUCGUGUAGACGAGGACGUGUACAUGUCUAUAAAACAAUUGACAAGUAUUUGAAAAAAGAAGAUUUAGACAAAAAAUUAUUAGAAGUUGCAAAAAUCGUAGGUAAACGUUUUGA